UUUUGCUUAUAAAAAUAUGGCUUUAAGUGUCCUCUAUACGAUGGUGAAAACCGCAGGCCGCUAAGGCCUUUCGUUAAAAAGUUAUUUGAAAAACGGCAACCGGCACGACCUUUCCGUUUCGAUAGUAAUCGAAAUCAUACAUCAAUGUUUUGUAACUCGGAUUUUCAAGGAGAUCUCUGGAGACCUCAGCAUCUAUCUACAGCCAGCUUGAGAAAUCUUUUUUGUUUUCAUAAACAGAAUCAGACUACAAAACCUUGUCAUUCAUGAGAGUUUCAACAGUUCUAGUGAAAAACUAACGAUUUUAGAAGCCAUUAUAUUGUGAGCCUAUCAAAGGGCUAAUCCAUGGAAAACGUGGAAUUCAAUAGCUCAGGAAUGGAAUGAGUUGUAAAGCUGGAACUUUUUAUGAAUAUCACAGACAUAUAGAAGAGCCAUAGAAAGAAAUUUGAGCUCUUAACUACUUUUCUUCGUAGAGUUAUGAAUUAUUUUCGGUAGAAAAAAGUAGAAAAAUCGCUCUAAUUUUUGAAGGAUGAAUCAUCGGCCGAAAUCCUUUUUGGCUUUUUACAACCUCGGUAUUCUCUAUCGAUCGACGUAUGAAUGAAUGAAAGCGGAGGGGUACAUGUUCAUAGGUUUCCUCGUAAGCAGUUUAAAAUCCAGUGGAAAAUGAAAAAAUCGUUCUUUUAAGAUUUUGCGAUUUUCGACAACUUUUGGAAAAUGUUCUUUGAACAGUUGGUUUAGAGGUCCUUACGCAAGAAAAAGCCAUUCAAAAAAGUUUGAUCUAAUAUGAUGCAAUUGGAAGCCAUGCUCUUCAGUUUUUGGGAGGGUUAAUUAGUUGUUGAAUGGCGUUAAGAAACGUACUAAGAACAACUGAUUCACAGUAGUGAUUCAGCUGAUAGCGCGACCGAUCUUUCAAAGCUUAUUAGUCUAGUUUCAGUAGCUCUAUAUGCACUAUAAGUUGGUUAGUUAGCCAAAAGACCCUCACCUUUCGAUGUAGGGUGAAGAUCAAAAAGUAUAGAAAACAAGUGCGUUUUUGUUCUUUUCAUGAUCUUUUUCUGGAGCGAGAAGAGUAGGCAGCUAAUAAUAGGUAGCUGAUCUAAGAGGUAUUAGUAGAGCAGGAGUUUCACCCAUUGCUCGAAAAUAGCAGCGAGCCCCUUUGGGUGCUCAUACACUCCGACAGGCAAAUUAACUGUAAGAUACUUAUGGCUUAAGCAAAGUAAUUCUAGGUCAUUUUGAAUUCAAUUAUGAAGUUUUACACGAUAAACUAGUGAGCUCAUGUCGAUAUCAAAUUGUGUUAUACCGUCUUUCACUAAAGUUUUGAAUACAAACUUUUUGGUUAAAUCACGUAUAUCAUAAUUUUUAUAUUUAUUUUUUGUCGUUUUAGAUGAUGAAAAUCAACUAAUAUUGAAACAUCCAGCAGAAGAAACUAAUAGUGAAAUGUUAUCGUAUUGGAAAGAAUUAUUACCACAACGAUUCCAUUAUAAACAAAUAAUGUUUAAUGGCAGCACAAAAGUAAAGGAAUCAAAUGGUGCUGUGAAUGCUAUCAUGGAAAAUUUAAUAAGUUUAGAAUUAGUUUAG